CCGACACCUCCCAACAGGAGAGCGCUCCACACAUUACAGGCUGCAGGACUGAAUAACACACACUGUCACUGUCACACACAGCACAGGACGCACAGACUGGACCAGGACCCGAACCUGAACCUUCAGCUGGAUCUCACGUUGUGUCUCGUCAGAGGAUCGCUGUCACGAUGGAUGUCCCUCCCGUCUCUUUACCCUGUCACAUGACGAUGAAGCCUACGCACAAACUCUGCACAACUAGCUCACAAUGCAUGCUGAUUUCUUGCCAUUAACAUUUUUAGAACUGAACCAAGAGGUUCUUUCAUCCAUUUUGCUGUAGAAAGUUAUUUAUAAACGCACAUUACCUCAUAAGUCAGAGUGAAAUAACCACACAUCGACUUGCUUUAUUGUUUAAAUUUAAAUUAAUGAUGGCUACGACUACUCUAGCAACCCUGGCUGCUGUCACUACCACCGUGGCUGUGGCCGCUCAGUCUGACAUGUCAGGCUACUUGUGGCUGCUGGUGGUGGGCUUCAUCAUCGCCUUCGUCCUGGCUUUCUCCGUGGGGGCCAAUGACGUGGCGAACUCCUUCGGCACCGCUGUGGGCUCCGGAGUGCUCACCAUGCGUCAGGCCUGCAUCCUGGCAACUAUCUUUGAGACAGUGGGGUCAGUGCUGCUGGGGGCCAAAGUGAGCGAGACCAUCCGACAGGGGAUCAUCGACGUCCAGAUGUACAACGGCUCAGAACACGUACUGAUGGCGGGGUCGAUAAGUGCAAUGUGUGGCUCUGCUGUGUGGCAGCUGGCUGCAUCAUUCCUGAAGCUCCCCAUUUCUGGAACCCACUGCAUUGUUGGAGCCACAAUUGGCUUCUCUAUGGUAGCCAGAGGUCACCAUGGGGUCAAAUGGAUGGAGAUACUGCGCAUUGUGGCCUCGUGGUUCCUGUCACCUCUGCUGUCUGGCAUCAUGUCAGGAAUCCUCUUCUACUUCGUUCGCCAGUUCAUCCUGAACAAGACUGACCCCCUCCCCAACGGUCUCAGAGCUCUGCCCAUCUUCUACGCCAUCACCAUGGGCAUCAACCUCUUCUCCAUCAUGUUUACAGGAGCACCACUGCUGGGUUUUGACAAAUUGCCAUGGUGGGGCACGCUGUGCAUUUCGCUGGGCUGUGCCUUCGUCACGGCUUUGGUGGUUUGGUUCAUUGUGUGUCCGCGCCUCAAGAAGAAAAUCAAACGAGCAACAGCUGCUGCUCCCUGUGAAACUCCACUAAUGGAGAAGACCUCCAGCAAACCUGCGCUAGCAGAGCAGCCGGUGAUACCUCAUGACCCUCAACCCCAGGAUCCCCCAGCUGACAGUCAGAAGGUGGCGUUCAAACUCGGAGGCUCAGAGGAAGCCGACCUGGACAACAACGACAUGGAAGCCAACGGUCUGAACGGCACCGUUGGUCCCAUGAUGAUCACCGACCCUCACAGUGGACGGUCCCACACCAUCCACAAAGAUUCCGGCCUUUACAAAGACCUGCUACACAAGCUGCACAUGGCUAAAGUCGGCGACUGCAUCGGCGACAGUGACACAGAAGAGCGGCCCAUCAGGAGGAACAACAGCUACACCUCCUACACCAUGGCCAUUUAUGGCAUCCAAGGAGAUCCCAAAUACAAGGACCUGGACGGCGGACUGCAGAGAAGACCGAGGGUGGACAGUCACAGCAGCUACAGCUCGGCGAUGACCAGCGGGAGCACGAUCCAGGACGGGAGCGUGACCGAGGAAGCUGGCACGGACCUCCCUCUGGAAGACGAUGAGCUGGAGGUCGACCAACCAGCCGUUUCCACGCUUUUCCAGUUCCUGCAGAUCCUCACGGCGUGCUUUGGCUCCUUUGCUCACGGAGGUAACGAUGUCAGCAAUGCGAUCGGUCCACUGGUGGCUCUCUGGCUUCUGUACGAGAGCGGCUCGGUGGUGUCCAACUCCCCGACACCCAUUUGGUUGCUUCUUUAUGGUGGAGUUGGCAUCUGUGCCGGACUCUGGGUGUGGGGACGCAGGGUGAUGCAAACCAUGGGCAAGGACCUGACACCCAUUACACCCUCAAGUGGAUUCAGCAUCGAGCUCGCUUCGGCAGUCACGGUUGUCGUGGCGUCCAAUAUUGGUCUUCCUGUCAGCACAACCCACUGCAAGGUGGGAUCUGUGGUGGCCGUGGGAUGGCUGCGCUCCAGGAAAUCAGUCGACUGGCGACUGUUCAGGAACAUCUUCAUCGCGUGGUUCGUCACGGUUCCCAUCUCCGGGCUGAUCAGCGCCGCCAUCAUGGCUCUUUUCAUAUACGUUAUUCUGUGAGCUUGUUGUACGACUGACAGGGUAACAGAUAGAACAUGCUCCCUAUGGUCUCUAUCAGUGAUGUUUAUGAUAUCAUUCAAUGUCAUCUCAAGGUCAAACCAAUGACGUUCUCAUAGGAAUAUGUCCAUGAAUGAUGUAGGAUCUAAUAACACUGUCACAUAUCCAGAAGUCUGUGAUCCUGUAUAUCCAUAUGUAUAUUUGUAUAAAAGCAAAAAAAAAAAAAAUCCAAACUUUAGAUUUAAAAAAAAGGAAAAAGAACAGUUAUAUUCUAUGUUUGCGUGUUAAAGGAGUUGCUUGAUUUGAAAGAAUUUCCAUGUAUUUUACUCACUAUUAAACAUUUUUCACUGCUUGUAUUUACUGUGGGAGGGGUUAAUGAGGUCGUUUUAUUUUUAAAUAUGAUUAAACAGCUACAAUUCCCAAGAAAGAUUCAUUUUUGUGAUUUGCCUGAUGGGUCACCAGUGUUUUCCUUUUGUCUUGGGGUAGCUGUGAUGGCAGAGAGGUGCAGAAAAAGCCCUGCAGAGCUUACGGCCUCAGUCUGUGCAUGGAUCGGCCUCGUUCAGUUUAGGGUGCUGCACUGCCUUCAUUCCUCUAAAGUUAAACUCUCUAAAAUGUUCCCAGACGUAGAUUCAACAUGUGACAGAUGCAGAUUAUCACAUAACCCUCGUGUGGUCCUGAACUGUCCACUUACUGGAGCUCAAUCUUCAAAACGCUGUCCCAUGUUUCUCAUGGUGAUUCAGUCGGACCCUGUGAUCUGAUCUCACUGGAACUGGAUUUGUCACUUUGGUAGCACUAAGAUCAUCCGCCAAGCUGGACUCAGUGGCUGCAGGAGGUGUUGCAACAUCUUUAAACUUGGGAAACUGAGACGCACGAUACCUGUUACCUGUUACCAAUGCCAAUGUCGCCUCUGAUACCUUUGACCGAAUUUGGAAAGCAUUUAUUGAGGAUCUCAGAUCUCAUAUUUAGUAUCAAAUGAAGUAAGUCUGAUUUAUGAAUCGUUCUGUGUCUCUUUGUGUUUUUGUAGCACGUCACUUUGUCUUUUAUUAUAACUGUUUGUUAUUAUGUAAAUAUUUGUACUUUUUGUAUUGUAGUGUGGCUGUUCUAC